GUUGAAAACAUGGUACCCACUGACAUUCAACACUUGCUGAAUGUUUAUGGAGACCAAACAGUGGAUGCUGGCACAGUGAGGCAGUGAGUGCUGUGUUUCAGCAGUGGUGACAGCAACAAUGGGUCACCUCCUAUGGUGCAGAUUGUUAAGAGCACAGCAUGCAGCUCUUGUUCAUUGCUAGCAAAAAUACACUGCUAAUGGUGCUGAACAUAGGUUGUAUAAUAGUGUAUUAUAGCUGAGAAUUUGCUCUAUCAAGCAGAGUUACUGUGCUCAUUGUAUCUGUUGUAGUUUCCAUGAAAAUAAAUAGGAGGCAUUACUUUUGGCCUACCUAUAUGCAGCCCAAGACAAUUCUUCCUCACUCAGUGCAGCCCUGGCAAGCCCAAAGAUUGGACAUCCAUGCCCUGUUGGAUUAUUUAAAGUUGCUGAAUAUUUCUCUAACACAAUUUCCACGAAUUACUGUCAGUUUUGACAACUUACCCAUUCAGGGUGGGGGCCUCAUCAUGCCAGAAAAAUUACAUUUUUUUAGCUAAUACUAAUUUAUUCUUUUAAAACAGUCUUUCAAAUGUAUUCAAAUAACAUCACAUAAGCAAAAUACUUUAUUUUUGAUCACUGAAAUGUUCAGUUUGAUUCAAGUGGAUCUGUUUUAAUCCAGUCUGGUGCUCCGUGUUGGACAUGAUUUAGUGGGCAGUAUUCAUGGUAGGUGAACAGUUGGACUCGAUGGUCUUACAGGUCUUUUCCCACCUUAUGAUUCUAUGUUUUUGGUGGUUCUGGUGGAACAGAUAACUCUGUUCAUGCCUGAACUCCACUGGUAGCCAUGAACUGAUAGCACUGGGGCCGGGCAGACCUGCAGCUGAACCUGGACCAAUCAGGGGAAUGCCUGCAGCCCCAUCUCAGCCCUUCCUGCCAGUCGCUGAUGCCAAGAUCAUGUUUCUCUUUGACCACUCUUGCCUCUUUGCUUAUUCCUCUGGGUUAAAGGCAAUGGGUUAAAUGCACCAAGUUAAAAAUUUUCAUGCGUUUUUCCUUCACUCAGCAAGUUAGAAGUGAACAACUGGUAAUUGUUUUGAAGACCUCUGGUAUUGCUAUUUCCCAGCAAUGAUAAUGAAUGAUAUCACUGGUCACUGAAUGUUUUUCCGUGGCAACAGUGCUUAAUACUCCAUCAGGCAUUGUGUAAAUGCAUGACAGUUUCCUGUACUGCUUAUACCCAGUAACACAUUUGUGUUUAUUUUGAAUACCUUCAUGAGAUUUUUUGCUUCACCAAAGAUCACAGUCAUAACAAGAUGUUGAAGCAUUCUGCAUCCAGCCCACACAGUUUUUUGAGCUGUUGUAUAUCACUGAAAAGAUUAAGUUAUGCAAGUUGUAGGUAUCUGAGUUCAUUCUCCUGAUAGGAAGAUCAAAUGUGAUUGUUACCAGCUCCUGCUAAUAAAAAAAAAAAGGAAAGAAUUCCACUGUUAAAUUAUUUAUUUUGUCAUGAGGAAUAAAGGUUUGGUUUUUUUUAUAAAAAUCAUGGUCAGUACUUCAGAGAAGUGGUUAUGGUUGAAGACAUGAGACAAUAUAUGCUGAAUACAAAACUGACUUAGAAACAUGGAACAAAGGGCAAAAGUCAAGAAAUUAAUCAAAAGCUUUCUUGUUAUUUUUUCCAAGCUGGCUGAUAGCUUCACUCUUUGUAAGAAUAGGAAAGAAAAUGACCAGCCAUCACUCACCUAAACUUGUAACACGACUAGUAAUUUCUAUUUAGCAGCUGAAAAAGGAAAAUCAAUAGAAAGGAAUAGAUUUCAGAGUCAUCAUAAACUGCAUUGUCCCCUACCAUUUUGCAGGCUCUUCCAGAGGCAAACCAGGUUUUGUUCCAUGUUGGAUAGUGUUCACAUAUGCUCAACAGGCACCUCUAAACAGCAUUACAUCACUGUUUGGCAAGAUUCUGAAGCAAUCUUCUAGGUUACUGAAAUUAAUGAUAAAAAUUAAGAAAAAAGAAAAAGAGAAAAGAAUAGCAAUAAAAAGGAAGCAAUUCAUUAGACUGCAAAUCAUUUAUGAUUCUGGUGGUGAGAACAGAUGGAAGAGGGAGGACAUUGACAGUGACCAAAUGGAAAUUGGAAACAUCCUUCAGUUCCACAUGAAGGAAAAAGAAUCUCAGAAAAUCAAAUACCAAGUGCUCGGGUGUAAGAACAAGUAUCCUUCCAUCAUGUAGGUAAUGUUAGCAGCCUUGAAGAACUAAUCCGUAAUCUAUAUGGAUCAGCCAAGCUACAGACAAUAUGAUCAUGUCAGUAGUUUAAGUCCUUAAAAAGCUGUUCGUACAUGAAAGCAUGCUGGGGAACUUUGCAUUUAAACAUCAGUUUUGCUUGUUUCUCUUUUUCAUUAUUUUCAUUACAGGAAAACAAUAGCAACAAUUCCAUUAACUUUCUUAUGCAGUCUACGGCAUCUCCAUUUAUAUAUUGCCAUGAAGAUUUGUAAAUUACGGACUCUAAAAUCGUUGUGGACUCUGAAGCCUCCUUGUAGGACUUUCCAUGGGCAUCCCAGGCUGCUUGUCUCUGACGUGCACUCUCAGUAUGAGUCUGUCAGACGUGGUGAACAGGAAAUACCAAAGUACUUUAACUUUGCAAGUGAUGUACUGGACAAGUGGUCUGAGAUUGAAAAGGCCGGAAAAAGACCAACAAACUCUGCUUUUUGGUGGAUAAGUGGAAAUGGAGAAGAAGUAAAGUGGAGCUUUGAGGAGCUGGGAUUCCUUUCUCGGAAAGUAGCCAACGUGUUGACCAAAGUGUGUGGACUGCAAAAAGGGGACAGAGUCAUUCUGGUCCUGCCGCGAAUCCCGGAAUGGUGGCUGGUGAACGUGGCUUGCAUUCGAGCAGGAAUUGUCUUAAUUCCAGGAACAUCCCAAUUAUCAGCUAAAGACAUAUUAUAUCGACUCCAGGCUUCGAAGGCCAAGUGCAUCAUUACCAACGACACUCUGGCUCCUGCAGUAGACUCAGUGGCAUCUGAGUGCCAGUUUCUUAAAAACAAGCUGAUGGUGUCCAAAGGCAGUAGGGAGGGAUGGCUGAACUUCAAUGAACUGUACAAAAACCAGCCUGCUGACCAUUCCUGCGUCAAAACAAUGAUUCAAGAUUCAAUGAUUAUCUUCUUUACCAGUGGAACCACGGGUUCUCCAAAGAUGACCGAACAUUCCCAGGGCAGCCUUGGUUUUAGACCCCUGUUAUGUGAAAGGUACUGGUUGGAUGUGGCUCCGUCAAACAUAGUGUGGGGCAUUACAGACACAGGCUGGAUAGUAACUUCACUGACAUCUGUAUUUGAUGCCUGGGCUUUGGGAUCAUGUGUCUUUGUCCACCAGCUCCCACAGAUUGAAUCAUCAGUUAUCCUAAAUACACUCUGCACCUUCCCCAUUGACACCAUGAUUAGUGCUCCCACGCUGUACCGCAUGCUGGUGCAAACUGAUCUCUCCAGCUACAAAUUCAUGAAUCUGAAGCACUGCAUGAGUGGAGGGGAACCGCUAAACCCAGAAGUCAUUGACCAGUGGAAAAGCAAGACAGGGUUAGACAUCUAUGAAGUAUAUGGCCAGACUGAAGCGGGAAUAAUCUGCUCUAUUUCUAGAGGAAUGAAGAUCAAGCCUGGAUCAAUGGGAAAGGCCGCUCCCCCAUUUGAUGUUCAGGUUGUAGACAAAAAUGCUAAUAUUCUGCCUCCUGGACAACAGGGGGAAAUUGCUAUCAGAAGCAAACCUGUAAGACCACUUGGUUUAUUCACUGAAUAUGUAGAUAACCCUAAGAAAACUACAGAAAGCGAGCGUGGGGAUUUUUACAUCACAGGGGACAGAGCGACUAUGGAUGAAGAUGGAUAUUUUUGGUUUAUUGGAAGAGACGACGAUAUCAUCAUUUCUUCGGGGUAUCGCAUUGGGCCAUUUGAGGUAGAGAGUGCCCUGAUAGAACACCCAGCAGUAGCAGAAACAGCUGUUGUCAGCAGUCCAGAUCCCCUCAGAGGAGAGGUUGUGAAAGCAUUUGUGGUCCUGUCUGACGCCUUUUCAUCCAGUGAUUGUGAGAGCUUAGCCCGCGACUUGCAGGAGCAUGUCAAGAAAACCACUGCUCCAUAUAAAUACCCCAGGAAGGUGGAAUUCGUCCAGGAGCUGCCAAAGACAAUCACUGGGAAGAUAAAGAGGAAUGAAUUAAGAGCCAAAGAGUGGGGACAGAUGUAGCACUAUGUGGAAUUUAACAGAACUUCUGUUGUUUCAUUAAUGCUAUAUUUCUCUGUUAAAAUCGGCCUACUCUGCUUUUGUUAAAUGCCUGAGCAUCAAAACUUGUACAUAAUGCCUAAGUGUGAUGUUUGCAUCUGUUUGCAAAAACUUCUAAUGUCAGCACUACAGGAUCAGGUCCUGAUGCACUGCUGGGAGAACAAAGCAAUUAUACAAUUCCAUUCUAGUCCUUACUAUCCAAAAGUUUACCAGAACUUAGCUGGUGACCCAUCUCUUAUAUAUAAUAUCCAAGAUCACGAAAGGAUAGUGCUGAUAGGAGGAAGUUUUUCACUCAGAGGGUGGUGAUGCACUGGAACAGGUUGCCCAAGGAGGUUGUGGAUGUCCCAUCCCUGGAGGCAUUCAAGGCCAGGCUGGAUGUGGCUCUAGGCAGCCUGGUCUGGUGGUUGGUGACCCUGCACAUGGCAGGGGGUUGGAACGAGAUGAGCAUUGUGGUCCUUUUCAACCCAGGCCAUACUAUGAUUUUUUGAUUGUAUGAUACAGAUGGUCUAGCUCCAAGCUGUAGAAAGAGACAGGUGUGGAAUUGAGUUGCUUAUAUGCACUGUCCUUAAAUGCAGCAUGCUUUAAACUGUAUGAAGUCCUUCUAACAUUUACUGAAGAUUGAAAGGCUCCUCUGCUGAUACCAAAAAAACCUUCAUAAACCUA